GGUCGUGUCCUGCGUUGCUAGGGGGCGGCAAGAUGGCGGCUUGUAGGGUGCUCGGGAAGCAUGGAAGUAAUGCCCUGCGAACCGGUUACUCUUCCUUACACACCGAUACAGCUCUUACUCCUGCAUCCUCCUCUUUAUACCCGCCCAUCGUAGCUUCCCUAACGGCUAAAAGCAAAGCCUCUAGUCGCCGGCGAAUAGAGGAGUUCUAUAACCGUGCGCAUGCUGCUAGCAGCGUUGAGGAAAAGCUGAAAAUAAUCACCGGGCUGCAGAGGCUCAAAUACGUAGUGUACCCGCAAACAUUCGCUCUCAACGCCGACAGAUGGUACCAGGAUUUCACAAAAACUGCCUUCCUGCCCGGGUUGCCUCAUAAGAGACAUGGGGACACGGGGGGCGUUGAUGCCCUGACCAGUGAGGACCUGGCAGACGUGAAGUCUCUAGUGUGUGAGGCGCUGCUGCAGGAGUUAUUUUACCACAAAAAGGGUCGCACCUUCAUGUCCCGGUUUCAGGAGCACUCAUCAGCCCCAUUCCUCUCCAACUUGAUGUCCAUUCUGAGCAGUCAGUGUGCCAAGCAUAACCCCCUACUCGCACAGUCAUGCCUGGAUUCAAAGCCACAAGUUAACUUUUAUUGGUUGCGAGGCGAGACAACUGUGCCACGUGGUCAUAGAAGAGGUCGUGUUGAUCCUGUUCGAUUUCAGAUUGAUGAUCAGCCUUUUCUCCAAAUCAGAGUGCCUAAACAACUUCCAGAAUUUCUCCCUCUAGAUGAAAUAGUACCUGAUGAAAUUCCACGUAUCCCUUAUGAGCCAAACAGAUUGCCUCUCUUUAGAAGACAAUAUGAAAAUAAAGUAUUCAUAGGUAGCAAAAUUAAAGAUCCUUGUAAGUUUGGACAUACACAAGUUCAUUUGGUGCCUGAUCGGUUCACUCGAGACAGACUAACGAAAAUAAACCUUGCUGAUCAGAUUGAAGUGUUUUUGCGCGCCAAUGCGAUUACUAGUCUUUUUGCAUGGACAGGGGCCCAAGCAAUGUAUCAAGGUUUCUGGAGCCAGGCAGAUGUGACAAGGCCAUUUGUUUCACAGGGUAUUAUUUCUGAUGGGAAAUAUUUUUCAUUUUUUUGUUACCAACUGAACACAUUGGCUUUGGCAGUGGAUUCUGAUCGAAAUAACCCAAGAAAGAAUAUUUGCUGGGGCACAAGCAGCACUCCACUUUAUGAAGCAGUAGAAGACGACCAAAUCCAUGGAUUUAACGAUGAUGUUUUAAAGCAGAUUAUUGCCUUCCUCCUUAAUCGGCCAGAAUUAAUUUAAAAUAGUGUGUAUAUGUGUGUACAUACUUAAAUGCAUACAUACUGACUUAUCUUUGUGAACAGUCACAAUAUGUAAUUAUUUACAUGUUUUAUAAUGCACUUUAUGGGUGGAUCAUAAGGAUAUUAAAAUUAGGUUUUUUUUGUUUUUUGUUUUUUUUUCCUGCUGAUUUCUUCCUAGACUAUAUUUGAUGCAGGUGGCUAAGUAUAAAAAAAAAAGCUCAAGCUGUUUUUAUCUAGUAGAAGCAAAAUAAAAAGCUUAGCAACUUU